GAAGAUCUUAGGGAGCUAAACGACAUGAAGCAAGGUCCUCAGCCUCACCACUCUCCUCCUGACACCUGUACCCAUUUACUAGUAUAAAAGGCCCUUCAGCAGAGUCCUUAUAUUAUUAUAUACCAUUCGCCGGCUUUCAAAACGGCACCAUGGAUGGCGUGUCCCAUUUCCAAGCUAUUAUAGCUAUCUUAAUUCUAGUCGCACUGUAUCGUUUCCGGCCCCAAGCUAGGAAAAAAGGAGAGAAAAGCGGAUUCCCGGAACCUCCUGGUGCAUUGCCAAUCAUUGGCCAUCUCCACCUGCUCGGAGGUCCGAACCCGAUUGCCCGGACCCUCGGUGAGCUAACCGACAAGUACGGCCCCGCCUACACCCUCCGCCUGGGCAGCCGCCCCGCGCUCGUCAUCAGCAGCUGGGAAAUGGUGAAGGAUUGCUUCACCACAAACGACCGCUUUUUCGCCACCCGCCCCGAUAUGGCCGUCGCCCGGUACAUCGGCUACAACAGAGCCGCGUUCGCGUUGUCCCCGCACGGCGCCUAUUGGCGAUCCCUCCGGAAGAUGGCCACCGUGGAGCUGCUCUCCAACAGCCGCCUCGAGUCGCUUAGCCACGUGCGAGACGCCGUGGUUGGCUCGUACCUCAAAUAUUUACACGCGUUGUGCAGGCGCAGCGGGGAUGGUUCGGCCACGGCGACCAUGAGCUGGUGGCUUGAAUGCUUGAUGAUCAGCAUAAACAUCAAGACGGUGGCUGGGCUGGGGUUUACGGUGGACGCGUACGACAAAGAGGGCGGCGAGGCGUGGCGGCUGAGGAGGGUGCUGAAAGAGGUGCUGUUUCUGGGCGGAACCUUUGUUCCGUCGGACUCCAUUUGGUGGCUCGAGUGGAUGGAUUUUGGAGGGCAUUUGCGGGCCAUGAAACGCGCGUUUAAGGAGUUCGACUCGCUACUGGGGAGCUGGCUUGAAGAGCAUCUUCAGAAGAAGAAGAUAAAGAAGGUGGGUUCCGAAACACACAGCGAUUUCAUGGAAGUGAUGCUAUCGAACCUGGAGGAGGAUGACACGCUGUCCAGCCACGAGCGAGACAUCAUAGUCAAGGCAACCGCAUUGACUCUCAUACUGACAGGUACCGAGAGCACUUCCCUCACUGUAACAUGGGCCCUCUCCCUUCUCCUCAACAGCCCACGAGAGCUCAAGAAAGCCCAAGACGAAAUAGAUGCCCACGUUGGGACCCACAGGUGGGCCCAGGAAUCCGACACCGGCAACCUUCCCUACCUCCAAGCCAUUAUCAAAGAGGCCCUCAGACUGUACCCUCCGGGCCCACUGUCCGGCCCACGCGAGGCCGUCGAAGACUGCUGCGUUGGGGGCCACUUCGUCGCCAAGGGCACCCGGCUGAUCGUGAAUCUGUGGAAGCUGCAGCGGGACCCGCGCGUGUGGGACGACGCGUGCGAGUUCCGCCCCGAGAGAUUUCUGACGAAGCACGCCGGAGUGGGCGUGAGGGGGCAGAACUUCGAGUACAUACCGUUCAGUUCUGGACGGAGAUCGUGCCCGGCCAUCACGUACGGCGUGCAGGUGGCGCACCUUACCCUGGCUCGGCUGAUCCAAGGGUUCGAGCUGGCGACGCCGGGCGGAGCUCCGGUGGAUAUGCGUGAAGGGUUGGGCAUUGCUUUGCCGAAGGUGAACCCGCUUGAAGUCGUCCUCAAGCCGCGCCUCCCUGCGGAGCUCUAUGAUCAGCUCAACUCCUUCUGAUUUGGAGCUGCUGCUUAAUUUGCUACCAAUUCUAAAUUUCCUGUUCUGUAAAAGCGUGAUAUGAAUGAUCACCAACAUGUAAUAAUAAAAUAAAUACAUCUAAUUAAUUGGCCAAUGAGUCUUUCU